GCCAAUGUUAUUCUUACUCCUAAACUAGCCCACAGUCCAUCUUCUGAAAUUUGGACUUCUACACAAUUAUUUCGAAAAAUUUGCUGCAAAGUUCUGGUACUGGAGGGGCCGGGCAUACGUGUACAUUAUCGACGUAUGUAACGUUCUGUUGAGGGCACGAAACGUUCAGGUUUGGAAAGAAGAUGUAGUCAUUUUUCGUUCUGGGUUAUUGCCCUUAUCAGCAGGCUGACUAUUCAGGCUUUUUAACCUUCGACUUGUCUUAAAAACACUGCGGACAAAGUUGGUCAAACAACCCUUUACCAGUUGCACAUCGGUUUUUUGCUUUGCCAUGGCAACAAGAGGGAUACUGAGCCUUCGUUUUAAUCAAGAUCAUGGUUGCUUUUCCUGUGCAAUGGAAGGAGGCCUGCGAAUUUAUAACAUAGAACCCUUGGCAGAGAAAUUAAGAUUGGACAAAGAUGAAGUUGGUAGUGUUGCACAGGUUGAGAUGCUGCACAGGACCAAUCUGAUUGCCGUUGUAGGUGGAGGUGCUAUGCCCAAGUUUGCUGAGAAUACCAUCCUCAUUUGGGAUGACGCUAAAAAGAAGUUUGUCUUGGAGUUGACAUUUCCCUCCAUCGUACUUGCUGUUAGACUUCGAAGAGACAAGAUUAUAGUCGUCCUGAGAACUAGAAUAUUUGUGUACAGCUUCCCACAAAAUCCACAGAAAUUGUUCUCGUUUGACACAAAGCCAAAUCCAAGAUCAGGUCUUUGUGAGGUCAGUCCCAGUAGUGACAAACAACUCUUGAUCUUUCCUGGUCACAAGCAAGGCAGCAUACAGCUAGCUGAUCUUGCAAACACGGAACCAGGGACAUCAAGUUCACCGGUAACCAUCAAUGCACAUCAGACUGACAUUGCCUGCCUUGCCGUGAACCAGGAGGGAACACUGGUAGCCACAGCAUCUGUUAAGGGAACUCUGAUCCGAGUAUUUGACACAUCCUCAAGGAAGCUACUGGUUGAGCUACGAAGAGGGGCGGACCCUGCAACACUGUAUUGCAUCAAUUUCAGCAAUGACUCGGCGUACCUGUGUGCCUCAAGUGAUAAAGGAACAGUCCACAUAUUUGCCCUGAAAGACACUUCAUUAAACCGUCGAUCAACCUUUUCCAAGAUGGGUUUCUUGGGCCAAUAUGUGGAGUCCCAGUGGGGUCUUGCUAAUUUUACCGUUCCUGCUGAAUCGGCUUGUGCGUGUGCCUUUGGACAACAGACAUCCGUUAUUGCUGUCUGCGUGGAUGGAACCUUUCACAAGUACGUCUUCACUCCCGAUGGCAACUGCAACCGGGAGUCUUAUGAUGAAUAUUUGGAAAUAGGGGAUGAUGACGAGUUCUAACUUUGUAGACAGAUGUGUGGAAGAAUGCAUCUUCCUAAUGAUGCAUUUGGAAUUAUUGUCAAGGAUAUAAAGUUAUAAAUGGACACGCUUGCUCAGAGGGAUCAUUCACACCGUGAUGGGUUGGUCAAGAAUGGGGUGUAAUUUUUAAUACAACUUCCAUUCCUGAAGUUAAGGAAAACACUGUUCAUGUACAUGUAUCAGCCUUGAUAAACUUUAAUGUAGUUCUUAAAAACUCACAAUUAUGGCCACUUUUGGUAACUUUCAUCUUAAAGUCUUUAAGACCAAAAAAAUAAUUUACAACUUAAUUUCAGUAUCAUCUGCAGAUUUGCAGUACACAACAAGAAAUAUGAAGUCUGGUAAUCCUGUAUUUGUUUUCAAGUCGUAGAAUGGAACUAAAUUUAUAACUCUAAAUGACAAGUCAAUUCCACUCCAAAGUAACCAAGUGGCCCAUUUCUUCUUUUGUGAUCUUGUAGCUUGUACCUGUAUCUAUAAGCCUAUAUCACUUCUUGGAUUUUAAUGAUGCGUUUGGGAUAGUGAGGCUACACGUUAAUGAACAACAACCGUAUAUACAUACAGCAUUAUGUAAUCCGAAUAAUGCAAUGCAGUGAGGAAUCCUUCUAUGUUCAAAUAUAAAGGAUUAUAAAUGAACAGUAUGCUAACAGUUUAGUGUACAGCAAUAUUUCUUGAGCUGCAAAUACAAGAAAAACAGUAAUUACACGUAGAUGUACAACAGAAGACAAGUUUUUACCUGCUUUCAAUUUAACCCAUUUGGAAGAUGAGCCAUUUUGCAUUGAAAUGGCUUCAUUUAAAAAUUUAUACAUGUAUAUGCCACAGUUUUGUGCAGAAGCUAAUUUAAAUGUAUGCCUAUCACACCAUUGUACAUGUACAUAGUCUCCAAAAGUGCAUCACUUAAAUAAAGCCAUAUGAAUACCAGAAAACUGAAACAUUUUGUGAAUGAUUUUUUGAGACUCGGGUUUCUUAUUAGUGCAACUGAAACCUUUUAGAUCUCAAAAGAAAUUUAAUCAGUCACAUUCUGAAAAUAGCAAGAUCUAUUCAAAUGUAAUGCAGUUAUAAAAUUUACACGGAUGUCUUGUCCAUAACUAUACAGUUUUUCUGAAACAAAUUGUAACCUACACAUCAGUGCUUUGAAAUAUAAAAUUUGGUUUUUUCCCACUAGGUGGUGAACAACUAUUUUCAUUUCUUUUACUCUACUUCUUAAAGUCCUCGACUUGAUAGACAUUCCUCUACUAGAUUUCAAACACUUGUGAGAUUCUCUG